AUGUGUGCACACUUGGCUUUACCAGCCUACCAGGCGUACCCCGGUGGGACUGGUAUGGGGUACCUGGAGUUUUACUGGAACUCGCUGGGAGAGGCAGGACAUGUCCCAGCUUCGGCUGGGCCCGGAGGAACCACCAGUGCCAGUCAGUCUCCGGAGGCAGGAGGGAAGAGGCAGAUGGCAGAAGUAUCCCCAGCUUCGUCCAGUUCUGGGAAUUUCAGCCAGUUCACACCAGAUUCAGCCACUAGUCCACAUUCGGCAUCUUUGUCCCCACAGCCUGCGGCUAAGUCUCGGAAAGACAGAGAAGAUGGCAUGGAGGGAGUGAGGAAGGCCAAGAGCCGCACGGCUUUCUCCAAGGACCAGCUGCAAACCCUGCACCAGCGGUUCCAGAGCCAGAAGUACCUCAGCCCCCAGCAGAUCCGGGAGCUGGCUGCUACCCUAGGGCUCACCUACAAGCAGGUGAAGACGUGGUUCCAGAACAGGAGGAUGAAGCUGAAAAGAUGCCAGAAGCACAGCCUGUGGACUGAACGGGCUCAGUGCCUCACGCAG